UUUCGUUUCCGAAAAUCUCGCCCCCGGUGCUCUGGGUUCACUCUCCUCCUCCUUCCAGGCCCUUCUCGAGCUCACAUUGCGACACCCCGACGACUCCGAAAAGAGCCUCGUUGAGCUCUACAAGAUGGCCAGGGACCGCGGCGUGCCGCUCACUCCCAAGGCGACGGCGCUGCUCGUUCGGUACUUGGGGAUGGGUGGGAGGAAGGAGGAGGCUCUUGUGGUGUUUGAUGAGCUCGAUUCGGAGAUGAAAACCGCGCACAUUCGCAAUGUGGUGAUCAGGCUGCUCGAAAUGGGUGAUGAUGCACUGACUGUGCUCGAUGAAAUGCUUGAGCCGGAAGCGAAGUUCCGGGUUGAUGAUUUUACUGUUGAUGUUGUGAUUGGCUCCAUGUUGAGGAGAGAGGUGAUAGGGAGGAGUGUGAGUGAGGAGGGGAUAGUGGAGCUGGUGUCAAAAUUUGGUGAGUGUGGUGUGUUUCCUAAUAGUGUGAUACUUACGAAAUUGGUGACUGUGUUGUGUAGGCAUAGGAAGGUUGGUUUAGCUUGGGAUGUUUUGCAUGAUGUCAUGAGGAGUGUAGAGGCGGCGUCGUGCAAUGUGCUGUUGGCGGCUUUGGGAAGAGGUAACGAUUUCAAGAGGAUGAAUGAGCUUACGGCCAAGAUGGAGGAGAUGGGCAUUAAGCCCAAUGUUAUUACUUUUGGUAUUCUUGUUAAUCGGUUGUGCAAGUCUAGGAGAUUAGAUGCUGCCAUGGAGGUGUUUGAGAAGAUGAGUGGAGAGUAAACGGAGGUUUCGAUUGAACCGGAUGUGAUCAUGUAUAACACUCCGGUUGAUGGACUUUGUAAAGUGGGAAGGCAAGAAGAAGGUCUCCGUUUGAUGGAGAAGAUGAGAUCGCAAGGUGGGUGCGCUCCAAAUACUGUAAUCUACAAUUGUUUGAUUGAUGGUUUCAACAAAGUUGGGGAACUUGAGACUGAGAGGGGCCAUGAGCUCUUUGAUAAAAUGAAGGAAGAAGGGAUACCAAUGAAUGUAGCCACCCUCAAUACUUUGCUUGAUGGUCUUUGCAGGCACGGGAGACUCAACUCUGCACUUGAGUUCUUUAAUGAAAUGCAGAGGGAUGGUCUGAAGGGCAAUGCUGUCACUUAUAUACUUCUAAUCACUUCCUUUUGUAAUGUGAACGAUAUUAGCAAGGCGAAAGAGUUAUUUAAUCAGAUGUUGAUUUCUGGGUGUCCCGCAGAUGCAAUUGUUUACCAGUGCUUGAUCUCUGGUCUAAGCCAAGCUGGAAAACUGCAGGACGCCAGCUUUGUUGUGUCGAAGUUGAAGGAGGCUGGUUUCUCCAUGGAUAUCAUUUCCUACAAUAUAAUGCUUAAAGGGUUCUGCAGUAAAAAUAAGCCUGAUAAGAUUCAUGAGAUGAUUGAAGAAAUUGAGGCAUCUGGACUUAAGCCUGAUAGCAUAACAUACAACACCUUGCUUGCCUACUUCAGCAAAUCUGGGGACUUCAAAAGUGCACGUGAAAUACUUGACAGGAUGCUGGGUGAGGGGAUUGUUCCCACUGUUGUCACUUUUGGUACGUUGAUUCAUGCAUAUUGCAUGGAUGACAAUAUGGCCGAGGCCAUGAGAAUCUUCAGAGACAUGGGUUCUAAGUCAAAGAUACCUCCAAAUACUGCAAUCUACAAUGAUUUGAUAAAUUCUCUCUGCAAGAAGAAUGAUGUGGAACAAGCUCUUUAUUUGAUGGAGGUUAUGAAGGAUAAGGGGGUGAGACCUAAUACCCAAACAUUCAAUGCGCUGUUCAAAGGGCUUACAGAAAACAAAUUUUUAACGAAGACAUUUCAAUAUAUGGAUCGAAUGGUUGAACAGGCAUGUAUUCCUAAUUAUAUUACAACCGAGAUUCUUACCGAAUGGUUAUCUGGUGUUGGUGAAACAGAGAGGUUGAGAAAGUUUGUUCAAGGAUAUCCGGUUUCAAAGCCUCAGCUCCAAGAGAAGGCUGAGAUGGUCACAUUGUAAGUUGUGCAUAAUCAGGAGAAAGCGUGAAUGAUUAUAAUCUUCGAGCUAUUUUGCAGUGGACAGAUGCUAGUUUACCGUGACUGCAGCACCCACAUCAUGCCAAGGAUCCAUUAGGU